UUUAACAUGGAAAGGGGCGAGUAGAGAAUUGUAGUCCUCAUAACUUUUGUGAUGUUUUUACUCGGGGGAAAGAAAACUAAAUAUUACGUUUGAAUAAGCACGAAAAUUAUCUGCAUAUGAACUGCUGAGUUCCGUCGGCUCUACCCCUAUGAUAAUGCAAUAUGGACAGACUACCGUGGAACAAAUAAAAGUGAAGGCCAGAGGGAGCAGGAAAAACCUGAAGAGGUUAAGCGCACAUAAAGUACUUGUCAUAAACAUUUUAAAGGCAUAAUGUCUGCCUCUACCAAACAGGAGCGAACCAUUUGUGUUCUCCUUCCCAACAAAGGCCAGCUGGACAUUUCUGUCGGGCCGAAGUCCACGGGGCAGGAUGUUUUUAAUCGUGUUGCAGAGCUUCUUGGAAUCAAUGAGCUACACGUCUUUGGCCUCACAGUUGUGAAAGAUAAUGAGCACAUAUUUUUAGACAUGGAGGAGAAACUAACUAAGUACUUUCCAAAGGAAUGGAAGCAAGAUACGGGAAAGGGAUCACAGAGGAGACCCUUUCCUUUGGUGCUCUGCCUCAAAGUGCAGUACUAUGUAGAGAAUGGAAGACUCAUUUGUGAGCGAAAGGCACGGCAUCUAUACUACUCUGACUUACGGGAGCGAGUGCUACGCUCUGAAUGUCGUCAACAGGAGGAGGUGUACUUCCAGCUGGCUGGUUAUGCCCUACAGGCUGACCUCGGUGACCACCCGUUGCAGAGGGAGGGUGUAGAGGUCACCCCUUAUUUUGAACCCAAGGAAUACUUCCCCCCCUGGAUUAUAGCUAAACGUGGAGUGAGUUAUUUACUUUGCCAUGGGCCAAAGGUACACCAGGAGCUGUGGGGCAUGUCUGCUCGUGAUGCCAUCCUCUGCUUCAUCAGAGACUCAUGCCAACUAGAGGAUGUACCAGUCAUAUUUUACAGAUUGCAAAAGGACAAGAAGGAGGAGAGAGGAACAGCAUUGCUUGGUCUGACCUUGCGGGGAAUGCAGGUUUAUCAGGAGGUGAGUAACACACGGCAGCUGUUAUAUGACUUCCCUUGGUCAAAUGUUGGACGUCUAACCUUCCUGGGAAAGAAAUUUGAGAUCCAGCCAGAUGGCUUGCCAUCAGCCAGGAAGCUGGUUUACUACACUGGAUCAUCAUUCCGCUCUCGCCACCUCCUCUUGCAUCUGAGCAGCAGCCAUCAGCUUUACCUCAGCCUCCAGCCUGCUCUUAAACACCUACGCCAGCUUGAGGAAAGCAAAGAGAAGAAAUGUUACAGAGAGUCAUACAUUAGUGAUGACCUGGAAUUGGACCCGCCAGGCAGUGAAAGCAGCCCCGGUCUGUCUCGACACUCCACCAGCAGCUCUGGCAUAGAAGCAGAUGCCCGCCAGCACAGCAUCUACGCAGAGAUGACCUCAAUGGAGGAACAACCAGGAGACAAAUGUUUGAGCACAGUAACCAGCCAGGACAGCUCCUGCACUUCUGGGUUUGACCAAGGCAGUAAGGCUCGGAUAGAAGAUGAAGGGUGGCAAGAAGAAGAAAUCAAGACCAGUGUUGGAAGUCCAGUUGAGGUUCUUGUUGAUGAUCCUGGCGAAAUGUUCCAGUUGGCUGAUCUUCUCGAGGGAGUGUCAGUGGAUUGUGCAGAACUUUCCUCAAGCACUGACUCACAAGAAAACAAAGGGUUUCCUCCAGACGGUGACAAAGAUGCCACAAAGUUACUGAACAAGGAUAUGUUGAAACAGAUACUAAAAUCCAGAGCACAAGUUUGUGUGGAUCGACACAGCCAAAGUCUAGACGAUGUCCGUCUGUUCCCACCUCCAGCAUCUCUUGGGAUGACACUGCCACCCGAUUCCUCCCACAGCUACACCUUCGGGCUCCCAGAUGCCACAACAGACACAAAGCCGUCUGUUGAUCACAGCUAUUACCCCCAUGUUAGCUGCCAAUCCAGACCUUCCUUUUAUGGCCGCAGAUCCACCAACUGCCUCUCACUGGACAUGUUAGGUGAUGAACAGUUCCUGGAAUUCAUACUCUGAGCACAUCAGCGUUUACAGUGCAACUUGAUAUGAAAGUCUCCAACUCAUGAAUGUUUCAGUGUUUUGUGGGAUGAGGGAUGUUUCAAAUUAUAGACAUUGAAAAUAUUAGAACCCUGCAUGCCUCCAAAAGAUGUGGAUUAGAUAGCAGAGAUCUAAUUCAGCAACUUUUUAAUGAGCAAACAGAACAUAUUUAUUAUUGUUGUAUAUUAUGUACAUAACUCUUGCACUAUGUUAUAACAUUUCAACUUGUAUGAACAAAAAACAAAUGUAAUCAAAUUUUUGUCUUUUGUAAAUUUUACACUUAGCAUUCGCCAAAAUGUCUCAAGUGCAUAAAGUUUGACACCAAUGGAUAUUUUUUACUUUUUCUGCAUGGUUUCUCAUAAGAUGUGACUCACUGAAGUCAAUUUUUAUAAAUAAAUUUCUGUGUCUUACUUUAGAGUCUCCAGAAGUUAUGGUGCUGAUAGUCAUCUUGUAAUUCUUCUGUAAUUUUUGUUUCCUCCUUUUUAAAUACUUUUAAGAUCCAAUAUAGUUUUGUGUUGCAUCUUCUGUCAUUCUUUUCCUAUACAGUUUUCACAACAUUGUAGCUAUUGAUGUGGAAAAUUUGACCUUUGCCAGCUGGCGUUGUAUUCAUCCAAAGCUUCCCCAUUCUGUACUAUCCUCCCUCUGCUGUAAUUACUAGAGAAAAGUAUUAAUUAUGGAGCACUAUUUCUGUAAGUGUGUAAUUAAUCUGCAGGGGUUUGUGUGUGGGUGCGCGUGUGUGUGUGCGUAUGUGUGUGUUGCGUAACCCCUGAACAAAAAGGCUUAUGUUAAAUUUUUCUUCCCUCAAAUAUUGACAAUGUUUUGUAUUUGAUAAUUGGUAUGAACUGAUGUAUUUGGCCAACAUGAGGUCACUUGGAAAGAAUGUGGAACAGAAACGUUUACUCAUUGCCAGUAAUAUGUCAACAGUGUUAAGUUACCUUAAUACUCUUGUUUUAUCAAAAGCACUGUUGUUCUUUUUAUUAUUAUCAAAAUUAUUAUUAUAAUAAAUUAGUAAUUCUACA